AUGCUGUUAUGGAGAAUCGAUAAAGGUAGAGUCCCAACUCGUGUCGAGCUGAUAAGGAGGAACGUCGUGGUCCCUAGUGCUACUUGUCCGAUGUGUAAUGCAGCAGAUGAGUCGAUCAGCCAUGUUUUUUUCAGCUGCUACGUUGCUACAGGGGUCUGGUCGAUGGUGUGGAGUUGGUGCAAAAUGGGAGCUGCUUCGUUCCCUGAUUAUGAAUCGGUUCUUAAAUGGCCUAAUUCGAGUUCCAGCUCUGCGAAGGACAAGAAGAUCAUCGGUGGGAUUUUUUGGGCCACUAGUUGGGCUAUAUGGAAAGAGCGGAACAAGGUGGUUUUUCAAAAUGCUGAACCAAAAGUGCCGGAGGUGGUUUCUUUGAUCAAGUCUACGACUUUCAUUUGGUUAAAGUAUAGGUCCAAAAACACUAGGAUUUAUUGGAACGAUUGGGUUAAAAACCCGUUGUAUAUGUUGUAA